UAGAAGGGGGGGUUAGCCGCCGCUGGUGUCUUCGUCGAGGAGGAGCAGAGAGGCGAGCGGCCCGAGGAGUUCAAAUGUGUCGCGUGCACCGUCUGCACCUCCUGGCCAGCGAGAAACCGGACAGCUCCAUUUCGCGCCUGCCCGGCCACCCGGUAGUCGCGCGUCGAGCUUAACCGCGACGGGCCCAUCAGUCGUGCGUGGUCGCCGAUGUGACGUUUUAACGGCGAAAUCUGUUACGUUCCGGGCGGCGCGGACGCCGAGGAGAUACACAUGAAGCUGCUUGGCUGGACGCUGGUAGAGAGGUUCAUUAACGAAACGGCAUGCUUGUAAGAGUCUGGCCGCGCACCGUCACGUGGGAUGAAUGAGGAAGAAUUGUUGAAACGGUCUGCCGCAGAGCGCGAUAGGAUUUUCAGUUGCUAUGAUCGCGGACGGGAGGGCGCCGAGAUUGAUCCCUGGGAGGAUCCCGCCUACGAGGUUUAUCACACUACGGAUAGAUAUGGAUUCAUACACGAUAAGAGAUUACCACAGAAGCCGGAUUCGUAUCAGGUCAAGUUACACCAUGUGGAGAUGGAGAGACUGAAGAAAUGGGAGAAGAUGACGAAGCAGUGGGACAGUGCCUCGACCAAGGAGAAACUGCGCCGUAGAAUAUACAAAGGGAUUCCUAACAGAUUUCGCGGUCAAGUAUGGACCCUACUUCUAGGCAUAAAGACCCUGAAGAAGGAGCAGGCGGGCAAGUACGAGGAGAUGCUGCAGUUGGCUCGCCAGUGGUCCACGGAGAUACGGCAGAUCGAUGCCGACGUCGCCAGACAAUACAGAGAUCAUAUUAACUAUAGAGAGAGAUAUAGCAUAAAACAAAAGUCCAUGUUUUACGUACUGGCCGCCUACAGUAUGUACAACAUGGAGGUAGGAUAUUGCCAAGGAAUGUCCGUAUUAGCCGGUCUGCUGUUGCUUUACAUGGACGAGGAAGACGCUUUCUGGGGCCUUUCUGUGUUACUUGCCGAUCAAAAAUACAGCAUGCACGGCUUUUACGUCGAUGGAUUUCCAAAAUUAAACCGCUUCAUAGAGCACCAUGACAAGAUAAUGAACAAAUUUUUGCCGAAACUGAAAAGGAAGAUGGACAAAUGUGGCUGCGAUUCCAUACUUUAUGCGUUGAAGUGGUUCUUUGUUGUCUUUCAGGAAAGAACUCCCGUUAGUCUCGGUCUUCGUAUUUGGGACAUAUUUCUGUUGGAUGGUGACCGUAUUUUGCCGGCAAUGGCGUAUACCGUGAUGAAACUGCAUAAGCGCUAUCUGAUCCCGAUGGAGAGCCUCGACGAAUUCUGCAACUAUCUGCAGAUUAAGCUGGAGAAGGAUUUUUGCUUCGAUGAUGACGCCGUGAUAAGCGCGAUGGAGCGCAGUAUGGAAGAGUUAAAGCGUGCCAAAUUAGAUUACCCGGGUGCCCCGUUGCCGCACGAACUUCCCCGUUACCCGUUUGGCACUUUCCAGGAGCCUACUUUUACCAACAAGGUUGGGAGACGAAGCGAAGAGUUUAGCGAGGCUCAGCAUGUAAUGCGAGAGUCCGUGGCGCAGCGCAGGGACAUGGCACUGAUCGACGACGGCAGGGAGAGUACGACGCCUGUCGAACCGACCAGUGGCCUUGGCGGAAGCAAAUUCUCCUUCGAUCCAAGUCUCGACGAGAACGCGUCCCCCGGCUCUCGUCGGUCGUUAGCCGAGACGUCGGUGACGUCGACAGCCGAUUUGUCGGUGUUCAGCUCGGCGACACGUUCCCAGGCCCUGGACAACAGCCUGGACACCCAGAGCAAUAUCUCGAACGCGAGCUCGGGCAGCGGCGGCCUGCCGACGCCGCGGGCGACGCCGCAUCAGCCCAGCCCGGACGUGGUGCGAAUCUACGUGCCGUACACGUCGCCCACGUACACGUCGUCGGCGGUGGCCUCCUAUAAGGACGACCUGCCGCGCACACUGCCCCGCUCUUUGGACACCAACAAGAUCCGCAUCCGCGUCGAUCCAGAUCAGACGCCCAUCGUCGAAAACCUGAAGCCGUUCACGCUCGAGAGUCCGGAAGUAGAGCUGGAUUUGAAGUAGAGUGAGUCGAGCGAGCUACACGCGAACGUGAAGUCGUAAAUGGCCGUUGAUGUACGUACGAUAGUUUUGGCGUCCUGGAAGUCGCGCGUUCCCGGCCAAGAGAAAAAGGCAAUGCCAUGACAUUAAAGUCAUCUGUUCAAAAGAAAUACCGCUCUUUUUCUUUUUAAGUGGUUGAUCGGAUAUUGGAUAUUAGUGUCGCCAAAUAUAAUUAGUAUUUUUAAAAUUCUAAUUCUUAGCGUGUAUUUAACAUAUUUUCUUUUACCUCUCUUGGAAAGCUGACACGAAUCUCUUAAAUAUAUAUGUCGAAGAUUUAAUAAGAUAAAACAUUUGCAUGAGUCUUGAGUAUAUGACUGAGGUAUUUUUCAAGAGAAAAAUUCGCGACUUCUGGCACACCCUGUUAUAUCCUGCAACAUUCUGCGCGUAUGUGACAGAAGGAACAAUGACAAAUACGAAAGCUAUUGUGUUAAAUCUCAAGAGAUCUCUUUAUAUAGAAAGCGUCAAUUGAUGAAUUAAGAUUUAGAAGUGAGAGAAAAAUUAACGAUGUACCCCGUUUCUAGAACGUAAUCUUAAAUACUUAUUAACUACGAUAUAAUCUUUGAUAUUCGUUAUUCUUAUAAAUUGCAUUUCAAUUUAAAAAUGUUGUAAAGUUGCAAGAUCAAUUGUAUCUCAAUUUUAGAGAGGAUCUAUAAAAAAAAAAAUCGACAAUUACAUUCCACAACUUACGGAGGUUCAAAGAGAUUGAAGAUAUAAAUGUUUCAAUUUAAGAAAUGUUAAGCGGGACGGAACUUAUAAUACUUCAAUUUAUCAAGAUCGAUAAAUGAACGAAAUGUUGUCGCUGCAUUUUGGCCUAAUUUACGUUUCAUGAGUGCGUUAUAUAUAGUAUCUUUCCAUAGACACAGCAGAAAUAGAUGAAGCAAUGCAUUCCUGAACUGAUGUCGACGAAUGAUCGGAGUGCGACAGAACAGAAAGUAUAGCGAAGAGAAGUCUCUUCAGUUCUUCGUACAAUAUCACAAUUUUAAGCGAAAUAAUAAUUCUAUUAUUUGCCUUACUCUUUACAAUCGUUAUAUAGUAAAAAUGACAGAGUUCACAUAUUUGUUUUCAAUGUUGAUGUUCCGAAUGCAAUCGUACCGCUAUAUUUCAAUUAAAUUGAUAGUAAUAAAUACCUAUUUAUGAAAAAAAAUGUACUGAUCGGCAUAUAAUCGCGUACAUUGUCGUGGCAUUUUCUUAAUGCUAUCAAUAUUAUCAUGUCUAUGAUCAAUGAUGCAUAGCUUGCCCGAUCUCGUUGUCAAACAAUUUACACGUAAAGACAAACAGAACGUCCAUAUAUUUCCUGUCCAUAUAUUUUUAUCGCACUUUUCACCAUUCGUUGGCAUAAUGUUCUUUUAGGGAGAGAUGGACAAUGCUUCGUUUAUUCGUAUUACGUCCACGGUUCUCUCUUAUAUUUAUCACGCAGUUUUAUUUGCAGUUAUUUCGUUUUUGGUCCUACGAGGACAAAAGAACGCUACCACAGUAUAUUGAAUCGUUAUUAAGAAUUAAGGCGUAGAAGAUCCCGCUGUAUAUAAAACAAAGAUGUACCUAGAGGCAAAUUCAUUUUUUUACUAACUAUAUAUUGUAAAGAAUUGAGUUCCGUUAGAUAGAUACAUAAUCGAUAGAUAUAAAUCUCGUUAAGCUCUAAUAUAACCGAAAUUUUGUAACGUAGCUACAUAAGAAAAAAUAGAUUUGUCUCUGGAUGUGAUGCGUUUCGCUACUAAAAUUUCUGGUCAAGAUCACGCCACAGUGAUUUCGUUUUGUUUCCGUUAAAUUUAUAGAUUAAAACUUCGUCGAUGACGAUUUAUCUUACGGGCAACCGUAAGCUGGUAAACGAAUUUAUUAGCACACUUCUCAGUGAUGGGAAAAUGUAUUGCUUAUUUAUGCGCUCACGAGCCAAUUGUAUCUGCCUCGAGAGAAAAAAACCUACUCAUACUAUUAAGUAUUAUGCUGCCUUGGUAAUAUCUCUUUACUUUAAGUUUGUUCUCUCUUUCAUCUUCUCAUUUUCUUUUCUCGCAAUUAUUCCCGUAUGUUGUAAGAAAGAUACUUUUGUACAUACGCAUAAUAUUUACAUAUUUAAAGAACGAAAUGGAAGAAAGGAUUUUAUGUCAAAAAGCGAAUAAAACUCCUCAAAUGUAGUCGAGGUCAAGCUCCUCGUGUCGUAGAAUGUGAAUACUGAACAGUUUUCGAUUUGUGCUCCACCGAAAGCAUUUGUAUUAUUUGAUUGUAAGCAUCGCAUUUGGAUGUGUGCCCCUUGCUUUCGAUUUCGCCAACAUUCCCGAAAACGCGCGCCGUAUUCCUCGAUGUAUAUAGCCUUGCGGAUAGAGAGCCUAAAAAAAAAAAAAAUAGUUAUCCCCAUGCGUAAACGCGGACUCGGCAAACAAUCGAUUGUUAUACCUAAUAAUAAUAGCGUAAGAAAAGCGAUGUUGAUUAAAUAAAUAUUAAAUGUUGAUCGUCCGGAUCUUUAUCGUGUUACGCAAUAACAGGUUGAUAGAAUUAAAAUAAUCUAUCAUAAGUUCCUCUCCGAUUAUUUUUGACGCGAUUCGGAACAGUUGUAACAACGAUGGCCUUACUUUCGAUUAGUUCAGCGAGAAAAAGAUUUCUCGAGUGGCGCGACAGCGAAACAUUACGCCUCAGAUUAAUUCAAAUACAGUUUUCGUUUAUUGUUUUUUUUUCUUCAAGUUAGACUGUCUCGUAGAGACUAAGCUUUUGUUGAGAUGUGUAAAAUAAUGCAAUAUCUUGCCAGGCAUGACAUAAAUAAUGCAAUUAAUAAAGAACUAGUGAGAAAAAUGUUAAACAGAAGUUAGAUAUAGCGCUGAUCGGUGUUGCAACGCGUUCAUGUAACCUGCUUGAGAAAAUCAAACUCGAUAUAGUCAACCGAGUCACUAGGAAGAAAAAUGUAUUAAGCAAGAGACCUUACAAAAGCGUACGAGAAUUGUUAUACACUGGUAGAUCAGAGUCUGUGACCGACAAUGCUGAUAAUGCCUAUAGCAUGUAGUUACAAAUCUCGAACACAACACGCGUUUCUCAUUAAUUACAUCUUAUCUGGUAGAGUUGUAUAAAUAAAUUUGAUAACUGGCGUCAAGGUACGAAAGAUACCGGCGAAAUACGCGUUGAUCUCUGUCAUGAUGCAACGAUAUUAUUCAUUUCGCGUUAUCCAAGUAUAAUUUAGUUCUUAAGAGGCAAUUCUCCGAAGCGACGACCAAUUAUCACUGCAUUUAUCCGAUCGUGAGCGAGACGAUAAAUUUCGAUAGGUAUAUAAAUACGAUAAAGUAAUUUAACCGGUGCGAGAAGAGUAAAAGCAAUCACUUUAUUAUUAGGUCACAAAUGCGAACAUUUGUUACUUUACUCGAAUCUAGGAGUAAUUUCGAGAGUCCCCGCUUCAAUAGAUUUAAUUAGAAAUAAUUUAAGUGCGCAUGAAUUUUUUUUAUAAUUAUACAUAAAUACAGCAUGUCCAGAAGUUAUUCUCUGCUUCUUAACAGAGCUUUCUUGCAAAUAUCUGAGAAUUUGGCGAAAUACAAUAGAAAAAUUAAUGUCAAUUGCAUUUUACAUCUGCAAAAAAAAAAAAAAAAAA